GCCCCUGCCCCGCCUCAAGCCGGCGGGAAGGCGGGGUCAGCUGGCCCGAGGGCCCCGAAAAAGAGCGGAUGCGGCGGCGGGCGCUUCCUUUCCUCCAAGUUCGGCCCUCCGACCGGCCAUGGCUCCCGCCGGCGACCGCACCGGCUAUUGGGGCCCGCCGACGUCCACCCUCGACUGGUGCGAGGAGAACUACGUCGUGUCCUCCUACAUCGCCGAGUUCUGGAACACCGUUAGCAACUUGAUUUUCAUUUUCCCUCCCAUCUAUGGUGCAAUUCAGAGUUACAAAGAUGGCCUUGAGAAACGCUACAUAAUGGCUUACUUGUGUGUCACAGCUGUGGGCCUGGGCUCCUGGUGCUUCCACAUGACUCUGAAGUAUGAAAUGCAGCUAUUGGACGAGCUGCCCAUGAUCUACAGUUGUUGCGUUUUUGUCUACUGCUUGUACGAAUGCUUCAAGUACAAGAAAACAAUCAACUACCCUCUUCUCUUUCUACUACUAGCCUACAGCAUUGGCGUCAGCAUAGUAUACCUAAACUGGAAACAGCCCGUGUUCCAUCAGGUUAUGUAUGGGACAUUGGUGGCUAUCCUAGUUUUACGCUCCGUGUAUAUAGUAUUAUGGGUUUAUCCUUGGCUCCGAGGAUUGGGAUAUACAUCCCUGACUGUUUUUUUGUUGGGCUUCCUCCUUUGGAACGUAGACAACAUUUUCUGCGAGAAAUUGCGGGGCGUACGUGAGAGGCUGCCUCCGCUCGUGGGCGUUGUCACGCAGUUUCAUGCUUGGUGGCACAUCUUCACGGGACUCGGUUCCUACCUUCACAUCCUGUUCAGUUUAUAUUCCCGGACACUUUACCUGAAAUACAGGCCAAAGGUCAAGUUUAUCUUCGGGAUUUGGCCUGUUCUCUUAGUAGAAUCAACGAAGAAGCCAUAAGAAGCAACAGGUCGAAGAAGAAACAGCCAGCAUCCUUCGGAGACCUUUGACUGCCCCAUGGGAAGCUCUCGGCACUACAAAAAAAAAAAAGAAUUUUCUUCUUCCUUUUCUUUCACCGCUCCCGGAACGACGAAGAAUCCCAACGGAUCACGCGCCCUCACGCCUACCGACACCCUCGAUGGGAGGUUUUCCACGUAUUUGCAUUGUUAAAGCUGUGCCAAAAUAUUUGGGUUUUCUUCUGAAGGCCUGGUUUGGGGUGGCAAUGCUUUUUUCCCCCCGGAGUCAUUCCUGAAGUUUUCGUUGGACUGAUCAAGAUAUCCGCUCCGUGGUUGGGACCAAA